UUUCAUUGGCUACGCCCUGAGCCAAUCACAGGCAGUUUUGUUUCUCCACGCUUCCUCGCCCACGUGACUAGCAUCGUGAAUCUUGCUAGCAUAAUCCUCAUCAUGCUUCGUCGGCAGGUCAGGCUGAGGCGGGAGUACCUGUACAGGAAGGCCCAGGAGGACCGGCUCCGGACCAUCGAGGAGAAGAAACAGAACUUGAAGAGCGCUCUGGAUGAAAACCGUCUACUUCCCACAGAGGUCCGCAAGGAGGCUCUGCAGCUGCAGAAGCUGCUGGAGUACGACGACGAGGGGGCAGAGGGUGUUAGCUCCCACAUGGACGAUGAGUACAAAUGGGCCGGAGUGGAAGACCCAAAGAUCAUGGUCACUACAUCCAGAGACCCGAGCUCCAGACUCAAGAUGUUCGCCAAGGAGGUAAAGCUGAUGUUUCCCGGGGCGCAGCGCAUGAACAGAGGAAACCAUGAGCUCCCAACACUGGUGCGAGCCUGCAAGGCCAACAACGUGACAGACCUGGUUAUUGUGCACGAGACCAGAGGACAGCCAGACGGCCUGGUGGUGUGCCACCUCCCCUUCGGACCCACAGCCUACUUCACGCUCUACAACGUGGUGAUGAGGCACGACGUUCCUGACAUUGGCACCAUGUCUGAAGCUUACCCCCACCUCAUUUUUCACAACUUCACUUCCCGGCUCGGCAGGAGGGUCUCCAGUAUCCUCAAGUACCUGUUUCCAGUGCCAAAGGACGACAGCAGGCGAGUGAUCACAUUCGCCAACCAGGACGACUUCAUCUCCUUCAGACACCACACCUACAAGAAGACAGACCACAGGAAUGUGGAGCUGACGGAGGUGGGACCCAGGUUUGAAAUGAAACUGUACAUGAUCAAACUGGGAACUCUGGAAAACGAGAACACGGCAGAGGUGGAGUGGCGUCAGCACGGCUUCACGCACACGGCGAAGAAAAGGAGGUUCCUCAGCGUGCAGUGAGAAGAAGUUCCAAGACCACGACGGACUCUUGAACAACGAUGGCUUUAUGCAGCAAAAAGGGUCUAACGGGACCUCGGUCACCAUGGAUGGACUAUUUUAUCUGUUGCUGUUUUUGUAAUUAAAAAACCUUUCAGCUAAAA